AUGGCAGCACUCCCUCCUCCCCCACCGCCGUUCGAUCGUUACGUCGUCAUCCACGUAGCUACAACAUGCGAUGAACAUGGUGUCUACGUUACAAAGGACUCGGCCGAGGUCAUUGAGAUUGGCUGGAUCCUGGUAGACGCGAAGACUCACGAGGAGCUACACCACGAAAGUGUGCUUGUGAAGCCUGUCAACACCCCAAUAACCCCUCUCUGCACGAGCCUGACGACCCUGACAUGGGAACACGUGAGAAAUGCUGGUAGCUUUAGGGACGCCAUCAACCGCUUCGACUCGUUUGCUCAGGAACAGCUCAACUCGCAGAACCUCGACUUCGUCUUCGUCACCUUAGAUGCGUGGGACCUGCGCGUCCAGCUCCCUCGGGAGGCUCGCGACAAGGCCGUGGUGCUGCCUCCGUACCUUCAGCACUCACGGACCUUUGACCUCCGAACAGAGUACCAGAGAUGGCAGCAGCAUCACCCUGAGUCUCUCCCCUUUGGCCCGUCCUCGCUGGCCAAUAUCUGCGCGGCCCUGGAGGUAGAGGCCGUUCAGUCGAGUGCGCCUAUCAAGCACAAUCUGCCUUUCCACCUGCAGGCCCUUGCUCCCGCCUCUCCUCGCCGCGCCAUGGAUGAGGCGGUCACUCUGACCCGGGUCCUCCGUGGUCUCAUCCGCAAGUCACAGCCUGCGAGCGAACAUCCCGAUGUUCUGACUCGCCCCAUGGACGCCCGCGCUGAUGUGAGGGCCUUCCUUUCGGAAAGGUCCAAGGUUCUUCAUAUGUCAGGUCUGCCUCACGAUACGACGCAAUCUGAGCUGGAGAGCUGGUUCACCCAGUUUGGUGGCCGCCCUAUUGCCUUCUGGACUCUCCGUACCCCGGAACAGCACAAGCCCACGGGCACCGGAUUCGCCGUCUUCUCCAGCCACGAGGAAGCAGCUGAAAGUCUGUGCAUGAAUGGACGGGCUCUGAACGAAAAGGCGAUUGAGGUCUCACCCUCGUCGAGCCGGGUUCUGGACCGGGCCCAGGAGAUACUGACUCCGUUCCCUCCUAGCAAGAACCGACCCCGACCUGGCGAUUGGACAUGCCCCUCCUGCGGGUUUUCCAAUUUCCAGCGUCGCACGGCCUGCUUCCGCUGCUCUUAUCCAGCUGUCAGCGCGGGCCCGACUGGCGACAUGGGCUAUGGUUACGGCUACGGGCCGCCGGCCAUGAUGCCGCCACCUCACCACGUUGGCCAUCACGGGCAUAUGGGCCAUGGUGGCCGCAUGGGAGGCAGUGGUGUCGUCCCUUUCCGUGCAGGUGAUUGGAAAUGCGGUAACGAGGUCUGCGGAUACCACAACUUCGCCAAGAAUGUAUGUUGUCUCCGCUGUGGUGCCAGUCGCCACAAUGCGGCUGUGGUUGCCGACUCUGGGUACCCGACGCCCAUGGACACCCCGUCAUCAUACAGCAUGAGCCAAGGAUCCAUGGGGGGCACCCCCGGGCCCGGCCCUUUUGGCGGCGGCAGUGCCUUUGGCUCCGGAGGUGGCUAUGGCCAGCAGUUUGGCGGGCCCCCCAGCACCUACGCCCUGCCCUCUGGUAUCGGUGGAGGCGCUGCUCCUUAUCCGUCCCUCAACACCCACUUUGGUCCGACUCCGGGGUCGCACUCUGCAGGCCCUUUUGACAGCCGCGCCGCCGAAGCCGCUUUCCAGUCCGCACAGAACGGCCCUGCCUCGGCUGGGCCCUCCAACAACUUCUACAACGCUGGCGAGAGCGACCCUUUUGCUUUUCUUUCUUCCGGAAUUGGCGGACUCACCGUCAGCGGCAAUGAUGGCCGACAGAACGGCGGCGGUGCACCUGGCAAGUCACCGGCCUAA